UCUUCUGCAACUUCCUAGUGUUUACUGUUUCAUGGAGGAGAAGAGGAAGGGUUGCUCCCAAUUUCGGUCAUGGCACUAGAAACACUCUAUUCUCGAGACGCCGAUAAGAUCCACACCGACGUGCUCGCAGGAGCGAGGCAAGCCUGCUACAAGGCACGGGACGCUUUCUACGCUUGUAUGGAGAAGGAAUCCAACAAGAAACCCACUGAAAUUGCUUCCGUCGGUCUUCUAUACCCGGUCGAAUGCAAGAAAUCCAGGGCUGAAUAUGAACAACAGUGCCGACGCACAUGGGUUAAGCAUUUCGAUCGCCAGUAUUGCGCGAAGAAGAGAGUUCAGAGGCUUUUAGAUAAUGAUGAGUCCAGGAGAGGUCCGAUGUCACUUCCACAACCUUACACUUUCAAGCCUUAAUUACUAAACCUUGUUUUCCAGUUGAUGGUCAGAACUUUUUGUGUUAUUUGGUUUUUUUGAUAACUGCAAUUGGUUAUAGUUGUUGGCAUUGGAAUUUCAGUGGAAACUGUUAGGUCACUGAAUCCUUUUCCUUCCCGGGUAUUUAAUUGAUUUUUGGUUCGCAGUUUACUUAAGGCCCUUCACUGUGUACAUUCAAUUACAUUGCUAACUUUAAUUCUGCAUAAAAUUUUAAUUGGAGUGAUAUUCUUCAUUGAAAA